AUGGCGGAGGAGAGAUCGACUGGGAAGGUCCGGUGGUUCAACGACACCAAGGGCUUUGGCUUCAUCACCCCCGAUAUCGAAAGCGAAGAUCUGUUCGUUCACCAAUCCUCCAUCAGAUCCGACGGCUUCCGCAGUGUGGCGGAGGGCGAGUCUGUCGAGUUCCAAAUCGCCGUCGGCGAGGACGGCAAGACCAAAGCCAUCGACGUCACUGGUCCUAACGGCGCGCCGUUGCAGGGUAACAGGAAGGAGAGCUUCGGCCGCUCCGGUGGUCGUGGUGGCGGUUCUGGAUUUGGAGGUGGAUGGAGAGGCGGAGAUAGGCGGAAUGGAGGCGGUGCCGGUGGCGCUUCGUGCUAUAAUUGCGGCGAGCCCGGCCACAUGGCUAGGGAUUGCAAUCGCGGCGCUGGUGGCGGUGGCGGUGGCGGUAGCGGUGGUGGUUGCUUUUCUUGCGGUGGCUAUGGCCACGUGGCGAGGGUCUGCCCUAAUGGGACUGGUGUCGGUGGCGGCGGCGGCGGCGGUGGCGGUGGCGGUGGUAACUGCUACAAGUGUGGUGAGUUUGGGCACUUGGCGAGGGACUGUAGUUCUGGUGCCGUCGGCGGCGGCGGCGGCGGCGGCGGUUCUGGUGCUUGUUAUAGCUGUGGGGAAUAUGGGCACAUGGCGAGAGAUUGCAGCACAGGUGGCCGAGGCGGCGGCGGCGGCGGCGGUCGUGGCCGGGGAUAUGGAUUCAGUGCUGGAUCAGGUGGCAAUGGUUGUUAUAACUGUGGGCAGGCUGGUCAUUUUGCUAAGGAGUGCCCUACUGCUUGA